GAGCGGAAAUUUUAAAAUAUGUUGUUUUGUUAGAAGUCAUAAAACUUCUAGUUUAUAGAUUCACAAAUGUAUACCGACAAGUCAAGUAAUGAAAGAAAAAAGAAGUCUGAAAACAGAAGAUCAUCUAUUCUCAAAAAGCAAGAUACUUUUAGGUUUGAGAAUACUGAAGGAAUUAGUGAUGGGCCUCGAACUCCUAGGCGUGUUAGUUUUGCCAGCACCUACACUAUAAAGCAUUUCAACCCAGUACCUUGGCACAACAGUGUGAGUGAUGAAAGUUCUAGCAGCAGUGGAACUAACCAUGAAACUUUUACAUCUGCUCUGGAAAGCAAUGAAACUUUUCAAAAGAUAAAUACUACAGCUUGUGUAAAUCAAGAUACUUGUCACCAACUAGAAGAAAAUGGUUUCCAGAAUUUGGAUGUAAGAUUGACAGACUGUGUGAAGGAAUCAGAUCGUCAACCUCAUAUUAACUGUACAAUUGUCUUUAGUGACAAAGAUGAGACAGGAUGCAUGAUGGAAACCACAGCUAAUAUCUCACAACUUUCUGCCUCACUUGAUGACCCUGACAUAGAUUCAGUUUUUUUUCAUAAAGAUUUGCAAGAAACCGCAGCAGAAUCAACUAAUAUAUCUGAAGCUAAAAAGCCAAAAAUCUUAGAUAAUUUGUUUGCCUUGAUUAAAAAAGGUCAAUCUGUUGAUGAGACAGAAUGCUUGAUGGAAACCACAGCUAACAUCUCACAACUUUCAACUUUACUGGAACAGCCUGCUUUAGAUUCAGUAUUUGUGGUUGAAGAUAUGCAGGAAAUCACCCAAGAAACAGCUUAUAUAUCAGAAGCUACAAAGCCAAAAAUCUUAGAUAAUUUGUUUGCCUUGAUUAAAAAAGAUGAAUCUGUUGAUGAGGUGGAAUGCAUGAAGGAAAGGACAGCUUUUGAUAAAGAUGUGCAUGAAACCACAGUAGAAAGAACUAAUAUAUCAGAAGCUAAAAAGCCAAAAAUCUUAGAUAAUUUGUUUGCCUUGAUUAAAAAAGAUGAAUAUGUUGAUGAGACAGAAUGCAUGAUGGAAACCACAGCUAACAUCUCACAACUUUCAACUUUACCGGAAGAGCCUGCUUUAGAUUCGGUAUUUGUGGUUGAAGAUAUGCAGGAAAUCACACAAGAAACAGCUUAUAUAUCAGAAGCUACAAAGCCAAAAAUCUUAAAUAAUUUGUUUGCCUUGAUUAAAAACGAUGAAUCUGUUGAUGAGGUAGAAUGCAUGAUGGAAAUGACAGCUUUUGAUAAAGAUGUGCAGGAAACCACAGCAGAAAGAACUAAUAUAUCAGAAGCUAAAAAGCCAAAAUUCUUAGAUAAUUCGUUUACCUUGAUUAAAAAAGAUGAAUCUGUUGAUGAGACAGAAUGCAUGAUGGAAACCACAGCUAACAUUUCACAACUUUCAACUUCACUUAAAGAACCUGCCAUAGAUUCAGUUUUUUUUAAAGACAUACAGGAAACUACACAAGCAACAACUAAUAUUUCAGAAGCUGUAAAGCCGAGAAUCUUAGAUAAUUUAUUUGCCUUAAUUAAAAAAGAUCAACCUAUUGAAGAUGUUUCGAGUACUGUAAUGCCAGCACAAAAUAGAAUCUCUGGAAUGCCACUAAGUACCAUCUCCAAAUUUGACAUGACUCCUAUAAAAGAAAUUUCUUUAACUUCAACUAAUCAUUCAUUAAGUGAACCUCGGAAAGGUCUAAGUGUCAUGCCAAUCAGUUCUCAGGCAUUGCAGCUAAGUCAAAUUGGCUUGAAAUUAGAUAAAGUUGUUGAUAGGUCGAUUGCUACAAAAGAAAUUAGUAUUCAUGCUUGUGAGAAAGAGAAUUACCCAGUGCUAUCUAUUAAACCCAAAGAAUCAAAUCAAACUACAGACUUACAACAUGUUGACUUGGGUGUUCAAUCUGUUGGUAAACUACAUGAUGGUCAACUCAUCAAUGAAGAUCUAAACACCUCGUCCAUAUUAUCCAUUGAUAAAGAUAGCAAAGUAGCUGUUUCAAAGAUGUCUAAUCAAACAGUUUCUAAUGUAGAACUCCAAAUACAAAAUACUAUUUCAGAUCUAGCUCAGCAUGCAGUAACUUGUUCAGAAAAAGAAAGCAUGAGAAAAUCAGUUUUGAAAGACUUAAGUCAUCAGUUAUCCCUCACACAGCCAUUAAACCUUGGUAAAAGAAAAUCCACCAACUUUAAUCUUAUUCUAGGCAACAAGAAAAAACGAUUAGCUCCUGUUACCACAAUAAGUGGCCUUCAGUCAUCUAACUGUGAAAGUCCAAAGUCAUUUGAUAACAUAACAACUAACCUGAAUUUUAUAAGUCCAGAAAGGCCAUUCCAAAUAAGUAACUUUGAUGAAGGCAUGUCACCAUUACCAGAUAUAUUUGGUCAGACUCCAACUAUUACAACGAGUGAAGCCAAAAGUAAAAUUAGAGAACCUAUUGAAGACUAUGAUGACCUAGAACUGUUAGGAAACCAGGAAAUGCCAGAGUUAGCCAACAGUGAUGAUAAUUCUUUCACAGAAAGUACACAGUCAUUAUAUAAGUUGCCUACUUCAAAUUUGAAUCAACAACAUAAUUUAGAAAAGUUUAAAAGUGCUACUUCUGUAAGUGAUCUCCUGGUAUCUUUAGGCAUCAAGCAUACAAGAAAUGUGCCCAAUAAAGUGAUAUCUUUUGUGAAUAUUCCAUUAUCAAGUGUCCAAGAUCAACUGAAGACACUACUCACAUUUGUUCCAAAGGCAGAGGUGCUAAGUCAUUAUCUUGCUAAUAUUGAAUCUUCCAAAGAGCUAUGUCACCAAGAAAGUAAACAAAAACUAGCAGAAUGUGUUGAAGAACCAGCAGCUUACACUUACUUUUCUACAAAUGAUCCUAUAAACAAAAAAAAAUUGUUGGAAAUGAUAGAGGCCAGUAAGUUGCUAGCACGUAGCAAGUGGAAAAAAAUGAAAGCCAAUCAUUUACUGAAAUAUUACACUGACAGAGAGGCUGUUCAUGAGGCUUUCAAUGUAGAGGUUAGGGAUGUUCUAGCAGCUACAGAAUCCAUUCUAGCAGUAACAUCAGACAUUGACAAACGUUUAAAUGAAAUUGACUUUCUAUUGCAAGAUCACAAAGAAACCACUGAACUAACAUCCUGUGAAAAUGAAAAUGCUGAACUUAGAUUGCGAUGUCUUGAAUUAACAAACUCUGUUGAACGUCUCCAAGCUGAAAAUGAUUGCUCUUUGAGAAGAUCAUCUGAUUCUCUUCAAAGAGUUCAUUCUAUAUCAGGAAUACUACAAUGGAUGAACAGAAUGACAGAAUGGAGUUUAUUGAAAAGUACAGAGAAUGAGUUGGAAUUUGGCUUUUUGUGGCAGACAGUUGUAUUACAUAUUGACUAUUCACAGUCUAGCAGAAGAAUUGUACAAGUUUCUAUAAGACAACAUUUGUCAGAGAGCAGCAAACCUUGGGCUAAACUGGCUGUCACAUAUGCAGUAUCAAGCAUCAACUGUCAACAGUUACUGGAGACCUAUCCCAACAUUAGCCAGAUGAAUCAGCUACUUCAGGAUGUGUCAACUGUGAUGUUUUUAAGCCGACAACUUUCUACAGAGUUAAAGUAUGCUUUCUUGAACCAUUAUGUGACUAUUGACAAAAAUAGCUUGACAGUAGUUUUAUCGGACAGAUUGACGUGUCAGAAGAUAAGCAUGACAGCAUCCUUGGUUCCUAAUAGUUAUCCUUAUCAACCAUUAAAUUGGAUCAUUACACCAUUAAUAGGUCAUACAUCAUUGGAAGCUGUUCAUAAAGCCAUUGAAAGUAUACCUGGAGGAGAUCAGUAUUUCACUCAGCUCCUAGCAGCAGUACAACUCUGUAUGACUACAUCUUUGGCUCAACAUUAGCAGGAGUCAUAUAUUAUUAAGUCAGCAGCAUAAAUGUCAAUGAGUUUUUAAUGUCAUGAAAUAGUUUUUUUUUUUUUUUUUUUUUUUGUGUUGAAAACUUGAGGAGAUAAAAGAAAAAACAACUGUGUAAUGGUCUAGCAUAGAAACAUUGAGUUUGUCAAGAAAAUUUUUUGUUUUUUGGAAUCCAUCUCCUUGAAAACUACACUCUUACACUUUUCAGGUUGCUCUCUAGACUGAGAGUGUUAUUUAAAUGUCACAGACAAAAUAUUUCAUCUUUUGUUUAAUAGAUUUAGAUAAUCUGUCAAUUUAAAAAAGUUACUUUAUAAUGUUUUGUUGAAGUUUCUUCAAAUUUUGUUUUGUAACUAAAACCGCAUUGUUCUAAAUGCGAAACUGUCAGAUAGUAACUAAAAUCUAGGGGAAAAGUGCUUGUUAAUUAUUCAUUUUGCCUUGAGUGGUGCUCAGUUGAAUGUCUUGAUUUUGAUACAGAAAUUGAUUACAAUAAUGAUUGUAACAUUUCAAUGCACAUAUAACUCUGGAUUCUAUGUUACUGACACACAAUGAAACUGGCAAAGCUUUCCUCUCUUGUCAGUGGGUGUCCCACUAAGCUCUUUUGAUUCCAUCAGUAUCUCUGAUGAAUAGCUAAGUAAUUGUGUUAUUGGUUUGAUCACUAUCACUUGAUUUUUAGAUAGAUGUAAAAUACACAAUAUCAAAUACAUAUUUAUGAUUUGAAUGUACAUUUGUAUAUGUUCUCUUGAGAAGGUUUAUGAAUGCAAUAUGCUUACAGUAAACAUGUGUAUUAUGUACAUUAUCACCUUUGAAUAUAAAUUCUAUUACUGUCAUGAAUGUACAAAGAUAUUGAACUCAGUAGUAGGCUGCCAUGUAAAAUUUGUUGGUAUUUUUGUAGUUUAAAAACAUGGCACUAUUUAUAAUUUUUUCUUUAUGUAAAUAUUCCUAUGGUUAAAUUAAAACAAUUUUUAACUCUUCAGUUA